AGAAAGAAGGGUUGUAAAAGGGAAAGAAGAAGGGAGGGAGAGGGAGUCAAGACUGAGCUAGAAACGGAGAAAGAGACAGAGCAAAGUGAGGGAAGGAGGGAAGGAGAGGGCACAGCAAAUCUGGUAGAUAUGUCGAGAGGGCUAGAGAUAGUGGGGGUGUAAAAGAGAGUGGGAGGAAAGAGAGAGAGUGCGUCUGUCUGAUAGACAUAGUGAGGCUGUCUGGAUGUUCCCAUUCACUCUGCAGCAUGCUGUACUAAAGACUCACACCUUAACCAGAAGAGAGAGAGAGAGAUUGGAUCAUUGAGACUGAGAACACCUUCGACCUCUGUCAGUGAUGAUUCACCAGAGAGUAACGGGAUCCCUUAGGGUGCCUCUUUCACGUGAGGCCUAUGUGACUUAACCUCUCCACAACAACCUGUAGGCCAGGGAACUGAAGUGUCAGUAUAUGUGACGGCUGUGUGAACCAAUGAGCACCACACUAACCCCAGAGACCGGCCUAAGCAGAGAGAGUCUCCCGCCCAAGAAGAGGGACCCCAGACCAGGCCUCUCAGAGCAACCUCCUGCUGUCACGUUCAAGGUCCCCUUCCCCUACAAGAGCCAUAAUGAAGUCAAGCCCUACAAUGCAUCUUACUCAGACCUGCUCCCUCCUACACCUGCAUCUGUGCCCCCGCUAUACCAGCCCUGGACCCAGUCCCCCACCACAGCCUCCACCACCAGAGUCAACCCCUAUCUCCCCUCUCCUGUCAACGACAGCUAUGGCUGGGCUGAGUGGAAGGAGCACUAUUACAGAGGUUGGGCUGCAGUGCCUUCAGGGUGGGAAGUUCCCUACAUUCUCCAUCACCCCUCAGAAUACCCACGCCACCCCUCUAUCUGCAGACACAUGGCCUUGCCUACAGAGGAGCCCAGUGGGGUGGAAGCAGGGUACAGAUGGCACCUUAAUAAAAAAGUGAGGGAGAAGUUAAGUCCACACACCACACAGCAAAGCAGACAGAGCGGCCCAUAUAUGAGAAGAAGGAAACAGGGGGGCCACCAGCCACGACCCAGCUCAGGGACAGGUUCUGCCCCACUGAACAAUGCUCUAUCUCCUACCGCCAACAGGAACCUACACCACCACCCUGAACUGGUAUACACAAACCUCUCCACAGCCCCCAAGUACCAUGCUUCAGGGCAAAGUCCUUUGGAGUUUGAGGCACAAUCUCCCAUAAGACCAUCACUUAUUGACCAAUCAACAGAGAAAUAUUGGACCAUGGGAGUAACAGAAAAAGUAUGUGUGUCUACACAUCUCUCCUCCCAUCACUCUUCCUACCCUUCCACCUCUUCUGACCAGUUGCCCUGGUUGCUCCCUCACUUUGCGGCAGGCUCUUUAAUCGAGCUCAAAGAUGGGCGGCUGAGGAGGGUUGAGGAUUUGCAGACAGAAGACUUCCUAAUCGGUGCGGAGGCUUGUCCAGAGCUGCGUCUGAGCUGCUGCACUGUGCAGCACAUCUCCCCCUCCACAGCCCCCUCCCUCUCCCGCCUCCUCAUCCUCCUACACGAGGAACACUCUCAGGAGUUCCUGGAUGUGUAUGUGGAGUACCCGUUCUUUGUACGUGGGCGUGGCUGGUCCUCCUGCUGUCCCCAGAGAACAGCCCGUCUUUGUGGCCUCCGCUGCCACCAACUUAGUGUGGGUGACGUCUGCCUGGCUCUCAUACCCACAUCACCCUCCGUUCCCCCACCCACCCAACCCCAGGGUCCUGGCACCUCAGCUAGAGGGCCUAAGCCCCUGCAAACAUCCUGCCCCCAGGCUCCUCUUCCCCCUGCUCCAGAUAAGCCAAAAGCAGGGCAGAGAGGGGGGUUGGAACCAGCACGGAAGAGGCGUUGGUCAGCCCCUGAGCUGCGUGGCCCAGGCACCAACUGCCCAUACUGAUAAACACCACUACCAUAUGGAAAGGGAGCCAGCAAAGUCUAACUUUUGUUUUAUUAUCUUUAUCUCAACCUCACACUCUUUCCAUCCCUGUAUUCGUGGUUGUCUUUUUCUCAUUUCUGCUUGUCUUUUUUAUAUAAAGGUUUAUUAUGAUCAAGGAGGAAAGAAACAUAGAUUUGACUCUCAGGAUUCUGGAUCCUAAGCAGAGUACAAUUGCAGGUAUUGGUCUAAAAGCCAUGGAUUAUCAGGGAUGUGAGAGAGAAUAUAUCAGGCACAAUAUAUUACCUUGACCCAACUCUAGAAUUGCAAUUUUAAAGGUGUCACCCAAUAUUAUUAAAACUUGAAAACAUAAACACUCCUAAUUUUAUCAAUGAGAUCAUUCAGGGGAAAUACAUGUCAUUCUAUGCUACCUCUAUAUUAGCAACUUUAAUUGACAGAACUGAUUUCUGUAUGUAGAACAGUGAAUGUUGAAGUAGGCCCCAGUGAGUGUGAAUGGCUCCCUGUGUGCUGUAUAGCUGACAGUUGUUGGCAUUACAUUAUGCACUAGAUCAUUGGUACAUUGGUGUCCGGUCUGUUCUUUUACCUCAACUUUUGCUACAGUUUGACAAUCCUUUAUGUUCUGAAAUUCUAAUUGAAAUAUUUCUGUUGAUUAAGAAUAAAACAUGUUAAAGGGCUCUAUUCAAUCCGUAUGGCGGAAAUUCAGCGUUACAGCGUGAUACACAUUUAAAAUGGAAUGUUCUCACGGUAAUUGCAGCAUAGAGUGAGCUCUAAAUGUAUUAGGACAGUGUCAACAUUUUUGUUGUUUUGGCUCUUUAUUCAAGGACUUUGGAUUUGAAAUGACUAGGAGGUUAAAGUGCAGACUGUCAGCUUUAAAUUGAGGGUAUUUUCAUUCAUAUCUGGUGAACCAUUAAGAAAUUACAGUGCUUUUUGUACAUACAGUGCCUUGCGAAAGUAUUCGGCCCCCUUGAACUUUGCGACCUUUUGCCACAUUUCAGGCUUCAGACAUAAAGAUAU